UCAAGUUGACAGAGUAUAAAACAUAAAGAAGGUGUCCAGUGAAGCAUAAGGAAGUGAAAGCCUGCAUGUCCACUGCACAUCGCUUGUGCCUGUGAUACCUACUCAAAGAUGUUGUCUCGAAAUCUUGUAAUCUUUUCUGCGCUGGUGAUUUUGAUGGCUACAGUUACUACUGCACCUGUUGAAGAAAAGGAAACCGAGGAGGUUGAAAGUGAAGAUGCCGAUGAGAGUGAGGAUGAAAUUUCUGAGGAAGAUAUUGAUGAUGAUGAUGACUCCAAAAGUCAAGAUAUGAAUAAGGGGACUGGGGCACAGCAAGUUACCACGUCAUCAAAGGAUACGGCUGCUGGCAGUGCCUCUGGAGGAACAGGUUCUAAGGGCAGUGGGAGUGAAGGUGGUGCUAAUGAAAGUGGUGGAGGCCAGACUUCCAGCAUCUCUCACACCAGUUCCCAUGGUGCCCAGCACAGUUCCAGCUCAGAUACAGCUUCUAUGGACACUGGUGCCCAACACAGUUCCAGCUCACAGUCGGGUCCUGCAGGCACAGACAGUCAGCAAGGAAGCGUGACAGACACCGUCUCUGAAGUUGAUCCCACAGAUCAACAGGGAAGCAGCUCUCAGACAGAUACAACUGGUUCAGAAGCACAGCCUGAGAACAGUUCACUGACAGAUUUGAAUGGUAACGGAAAUAAACAGGUGGCUGGUUCAGAGACAGACUCUGCAGGCUCAGCUGAUUCCUCCAGUAGGCCUACCAGUCCCCACACAGAUUCUGCAAGCACCGCAGAUCAAUCCAGCAUCAGCUCACACACAGAACCAGCAGGUUGGUUCAAAGAGAUUUGGAAUAAUGAAUUGGUUUUAUGGGACACGUACUUUUUUGGAGCAGCAGCUAAACCCAUUGCAGGUUCUCAAACAGACGUAACAGGUGCAGAGGAUAUCUCCGGUGCCAGCUCACACUCACAGAUAGGCUCUACAGAUAUUUCAGAUCCUUCGGGCACAACCACUCCUACAGACUCAGCAGGAACUGGAGAUCAGUCUAGUACCAGCACUCAGCUUGGCUCUACAGGUGCACAGGACCACUCUGGAGCCAGCUCACAGACAGAGUCCAUGGGAACAGGUGUACAGCCUGGAGUCGACUCCCAUGCAGAUACGACAGGUACUGGAGUUCAGUCAAGCACAGACUUUCAUACAGAUCUAACAGGCACGGGAGAUCAAUCCAGCGCCAGCUCUCUGACAGACUCCACAGGUACAGGAGACCUUGCUGAUACCAGCCUGCAGACACACCUGAAUGACGCAGGAGUCCAGCCUGAUACCAGCUCACAGACAGAUUACUCACCUACUGAUUCAACAGGUGCUGCAGCAGGAGAUCCCUUCAGUAUGGACUCUCAGACAGACUCUGCAGGUACAGCGGUUCAACAUGGCACCAUUUCACAGACAGAUUUAUUAGGUACUGUUGAUGGCACCAGUUCACAGUCAGAUUCAACAGGUAAAGGGGACCAGCAUAGUACUGGUUCACAAUCAGAUUUGACAGGAAUAGCAGAUCAACAUGUGAGCAGUCCACAGACAGAUUCCAUAGGUUGUCUGUUGAAUACUUGCACAACAGGUGCAGGAGACCCAUCUAGUUCCGACUCACAAACAAACUUAACAGGUACAGACUACUAUCAUGAUCCUGCUACCAGCUCCCACACAGAGACUACAGUCACAGGAGUGCCACAUGUCACAGGUUCUCAAACAAGUUCUGCAGCAGAUGCACGAGACAGCCUCAAUUCUGCAGCUAAUGAAGGCCAGCCAAGCACCACCCCUCACACAGACCCUGCUGUUCCCGUCAGUGAACAUGACAUUGCCUCUGGUCAGGGUCCUGAAGGUGCAGAAAAUGGGGCACUGGAGGAUACCUGCUGAUUUCCACAUGAAGCCGCGGGUGAAGCUAGUGCGCUACAACCUGCAGUGUACGGACCACGGAUCUGUUUGGAGGAGGAGCAGCAGCAACUCAUAAUUCACAAAAUCAAAAAUUCUUUAUUAUUUGUAUUUUUGAAGCCUAUUUAAUGAAUGGUAACUUUAACACCAUCAUCUUUUAUUGUACCUGUUGUAGAGGAGUACCAUACUUUUAAACUAGUUGGGUUUUUAUUUGUUAAAAAGGCAGAAAAUGUUUUGAACAGCAGUGGUUGCAUCAGACAUAAACAAACGUAUACAUUAAAACAACCGUUGACAAACUUGUAUAAUAAAAUAACAAAGCUAUGCAGCUACAAAGUCCCCGCCAUUAAAAAGUUAAAGUUUAUGUUU